UCUUUACUCUUUACCACCACCAAAUCGCGACAAUGAAGGACGUUACGCUCAAGAGUACUUUACCAUACCCGCCUAUUCAUAAAGACAAGAAAUUCAUCGUUCUGUCAGAUUGGGAUGGCACGAUCACGACGUACGACUCCAAUGAUUGUGGGUCUUUGGAGUGACCGACUUUGGAAGCUUCGUAUUGACUAGCUGCUCCAUUCCUUUCGAUGUUCUUGUUGUGGACAACAAGAUAUGACCGAUAAUUUGGGCUUUGGCCGGGAGAAGAGAAGACAAGGGAAUCUUGAUAUAUUGUCCGGAAAAGUAACGUUCCGGGAUGAAUUCCGUAGAAUGCUUGACAGUGUUGUACAAAAUGGACAUAGCUUCGAAGAAUGCAAGCAAGUCUUGCGCGAUAACAUCAAGCUCGAUUCUGGGUUCAAGGAGUUUUACGCAUGGUGCAAAGCUAAUGACAUUCCUGUGAUUCUGGUGUCUGGGGGAAUGACUCCUACCAUUCGUGCAGUUCUAUCUAAUCUUCUCGGUGAAGAAGAGGCCAGUCAAAUUGAAGUCAUCUCCAACGAUGUCGAUUCACACGCGGAUGGCACUUGGUCAAUCAAAUUCAGGCAUCCAAGCAGGUAUGCCGCUUUCAGUUUAUUCAGCGGCGGUGAAAGCCUUCAAUCCGUUGGAGUAACGAAGUCAAUCUGUACCCAUGAUACAUUAACUCAUUCAUCUCGAUCUCUAUAGUGGUUAUGGACAUGACAAGUCCCAGGCUAUUCUGCCUUACCGUCAGUUGGAGAACCCUCCUACCCUGUUCUUCUUCGGAGAUGGAGUAUCAGACAUGUCUGCCGCCAAACAUGCCGAUCUUCUCUUCGUAAAAGUGAAGGAUUAUGAGGAGAGCGACCUGUCGGUGUAUUGCAGGAACCAUGGAAUCAAGCAUGUCUUGUUCUCCGACUUCUCUCAGGCUUUACCGAUUGUUCAGUCAAUCGUAAAGGGAGAGAAAACUGUCGAUCAAGUUUUGGAGUCUGGCCGUGCUUGAAAUGUAAAUGGAGAUGCAUGGUAUACCUUAGAUAGACUAAGAUUUAGAUGUGAAUACACGAUAUAACCUCAUUUAAC